AUGUACAUCUACAUCGAUGUCUGCUCAGCAGGUACCCAUGCAAAAAGCUGCACCCUGCCUGCAGAGGCCUGUUCAGACCCCCAGCAAGUGCGACAGAAAAGAAGAGAGAGGGAGAGCGGAAAAGACGUCGGAGGUCUGCAGAAGAUGAGGAUGGAGGAUUGUCCUCUGAAGUUCAACAUCACAUCUUACAGUGAUGACAGGUUGUCCAUGGAGAUGCACUUUGUGAUACUGUCCACAUCCCAGAUAUUCCCCUUCCUAGCUCCUGUGACCGACUGUGUUGAAGCUCACCGUGUGUGCUCCACUGACCCACAGUGUGAGGCGCUGUACCGAGGCUUGGAGCUGUGCGCGGUCGAUGCGUCAGUUGCACCGCUAGGGGAACAAGAAGCAUCUGAGUGCCUGGAGAGACAGGACGCCCUGUUGGCCAAACACCCGUCACUUCUGGCCUGCAAGUGCCAGCGUGGCUUCAGGAAGGAGGAGCGGUGCCUCCGCAUAUACUGGAGGGUUCGUCUCCUGCCAGGAAGGGAGGAACUGGAAAUAUCACCCUAUGAUGACUCCAUGAUUGACUCUCGCAUGGCCUCUUUAGUGUCUGGUUCAUCCUUCAUGCAGCUGGAUGGUGAGAACCAGUGCCUGAAAGCAGCACAGGACUGCGGCCUGUAUGAGAAGUGCGGUGCUCUUCGAUCAGACUAUGUGUUUUCCUGCACAAAGCCAAUACCCAACACCAGCCGAUGCAACCAGUACAAGUGCCACCGGGCCCUCAGGCGCUUCCUGGAGCGGGUACCAGAGGAAUACAGCCUGGGUGUCCUGUUCUGCCCCUGUACCAACACCCUGUGUGGAGAGAGGAGGAGGAAGACCAUCGUACCCUCCUGCUCCUACCAGGAUGCAGAGAGUCUGCAGCCUAACUGCCUCCACCAGCAGAGCUUCUGUCGCCGAGACGACCUGUGCAGGUCCAGGCUUGCUGAUUUCCUCAGUAACUGCCAACCAUCUCAUCUGACAGCCAGCGGAUGUUUGAAAGAUUCAACAGGCCUCUGCCUCCGAGCCUAUGCUGGGCUUAUAGGAACCAUCAUGACUCCCAACUACAUCAGCAACAACUCUGCUGAUGUGUCGCUGUGGUGCAACUGUGAGGGCAGUGGCAACCAGUGGCAGGAAUGUCUGCGGCUGCAGCGCCUUUUCACCCACAACAGCUGCCUACGGAACUCCAUCAGCUGGAUGGGAAGCCCCGGAUCGCUGCCCUCUGACCCCACUCAGCCCCCCGCUCCGAGACCGUCUCCACUGGUCCAGAAGGACAAGCUGCUGAACAGUAACCGCCUGCCUGAACUCAACAAUGAUGUGGUCGAGAGCAAGGAAGAGGAGGAGUUGACACAGACGGUGGAAGAGGAGGAGGCUGAUGAAGGUGGCCAGUUUGAUGUGAUCCCUCUGUACUCGGAGAGGGCCACCGUCUCCAACCUGGGCUCAUCUGAAGCAGGGGGCGCUGCAGCGCCCAGCGCCAGCCCCACUAAACCAGUACUGUUGCUCCUUCUGCUCCUAACUACUGCCCACAGCUGGGGGUAGAACAAUAUAUAGAAGAUACACACACAAACAUAUACACACUCAUACAUAUACACACUCACAUCAAAUGGUUCCGCAAAUAACACUGGUCUGAUUGCUGAAAAGGUUCAAGAAAUAGUAGGAAGAAAUGAACUUUGCUUUUCUUUGUCAGAAGCAUCUUCUUGGUUCUUGACUCCUGUCUUUGUUUUCGUUCUUCAGUCCAAACAUGACAAAUGGCACUUCUUAUUUAUUUCGCUCUGACUGGAGUCACUGGGGGUAUAGGGGGUUCCACAUGCUUCCUAUAACCAGUGAGCAUACUUUAAUAUGUAUUUGUUUGAAGUGGGACUGACAGGAUCUGUGAACGGCUGCUUCACAUUAGCUUAGAUUAUACAUCAGAAAUCUGCUGAUGCGUAAGCAAGUAGCCAAAACGAAGUGUUCACAUAAUGUCUACCACCAGCACUGGCAAUUUGCAAACAUGGCACAUCAUUAAACAUGAACCCAGUGUUUCUAUGGAACUGCAGAAUAAUGUGGGAAUAAGGGAAGUGCUUGAAAAUGGGUAGAAAAAUUUAAAGAUUUAGCAUGGGGCGAGUUAUUUGAAAUCAGCACAUUUUGUAAAUUGGCCCUGAUAUUUAAGUAAUUAUCAUGCAAUUUUAUAGUGUAAAUGCUAGAAUACCAGACAGGGUGUAAUCAUGUGUGGAGCUCUCUCUGCUCCCCCAAACGCAGGAGAACAUGGAAGUCUGCAUCGGGGAAAUCACUUUUGAACUCCUUAAAAUUAUGGCUUUUAAUUCCAAAAUGGGAGCCUCUGUAUUCCACUCAGCUGAGCAGGACGUCUGUGGGGCGAGUUAAACUAUCUGUGCUUCUGUGAGACCAGAAACAGGAAAAUUAAACCCUACAGGGAAAGGACUUUUGGGUUUCAUUAGUUAUGUGUCCAUCCAAUUGUCAUGUGACUUUUGAGAAAACCUUUAAAUUAAGAAAAACAAAAUAGACAUGGAUGUAGAAAUAUUUCAGAGUUUCGUGCCUCUCGUAAGGCACAGACCUACCAGUAGAUGGGAUGGUCAGAAUGUAUUUGACAAACAUGUUUCCAUCUGCCUUAGCUCAGUUAGUCUUUUUCAAACACCACAAGAUUAAAAGUUUGCAAAAUUAUGGAAGUUAUUUUGAAAUUUGUCCUUUUUAUUAAAUGCAAUACUUCAAACAAAAACAAAAAACAUUGAUGGAUAUGCUGCAAUAGUCAAAAUAGGAUUUAUUAGGAUCACUUCUGGAGGUAGUUAGUUGUACUGGAUGUAUUUAGGGGUGUCAGAGUAAAGAUGGCCAAAGAACGCAUGACAGUUUCAGAUUUUUAUUUAAAAAAAAUUUUUUUGUAUGAAAGCUGAAUUGGUUGGGAAGAGCUACUGAUGCUGUCUGUCUGAGAAGUAGUUUUUGUCCAUCCCAAAAUGUAUGGAAUAAAAAACAUGUGAAAGCUCAUAAAGUCAAAUAUUGUCAUAUCUUUAGUGUAGAAUUCAUUUAUUCCACUGCAUAAGACAUUUUAAUUUGUUAAUUUGUAUUAAUUAUUUACAUUGACUAGAUGCAAAUUUUGAUUCAAUAAAUCACCUUUUUGUUUUUUACAUACAAAAGUUUCAAGUGUUUGUAUUCAUGUGUUUCUGUUACGACCAGGAAUCUGACACACAAGCGACAGCCGCUAACCGUAGACGAAGCCGCUUCGCCUGGCCCGAUGGGGUUUCCAUUUUUGCUUCAAAAACCGAUCUGAUUGGACGCUUUUAAAGACUAUUGUUGUGUUCAAGUUGUGCUAAAGGAGUUAGCUUAUCAACAAAGCUAUUCAAUCCUAAAAUAGCAUCUCAAUGCUAAACAUGUAGCCGCAGCAGAUGCUAACGGUAAUGUCAACAUAUACAGAAGCUCCAUGAAUGAUCAGGAGUUCCUGAAAUUGAUAGAAUAACACUUUGCUCCAGUUUGAUGGCUGGAGAAUGUAAACAACAAAUGGAAACCUAUAAAUAUAUUUGUUGUUGAGCUCACAUGUUUAUUUAUUCUGUAAUUUAGCAGCAGAAAGGGGUUUCUGAUGUGAAAUGUUAACUGUUUUGUCAACAUAUAGUUUUCGAUUAAAAUGCAAUUAAUUAAUUACACACCCUGGAAUUAACUCCAUUAAAAAUUUGAAUCCAGUCCCACCACUAGUUUAAAUUUAUGCAGAUGAGUCAGUAAGUGAGGAACUGGUGCAAACUGGUUUAAGUGGUUGCAUGUGAAAACCCCACAGCUUCAGUCAGAGCCUGUUGUUGGUCCCAUUGGGUGUGAAUGGGUCACCCUGACCAUGACUGAGAGGGACGGGGCCACGGGGGGGUUACUGCUCAUGAACUUUGUUGCAGUGAUAUUCUGAGUUAUCUUGACUCUCCAGCCAGCAUGAGUGACAGACGCUCAGUGUGUGCUGAACGUAAGGCAGCAGGUUGGUGAUCUGUGUGCUUGUGUGCAAGCAUCAGGCAUCAAGCAUGCAAAUGUCCUUUGUUAUAAUUAGAUUCAAGCACUUCAUCAUUCCCACCCACGUCAGCACUGCAAAAAAAAAAAAAGAUGCAUACACACACACUUGCACACACAUUGCCCACCCAUCCCCACCCGAUCUCUCACACAUUCAGCCGAUGCAGCUCUUUCUGGCUUUAUUGCUCUAUUGCUGUCCCCGUCGUCCUCCCAGGUGAUGCAGGACCUGGGCCCUGGCCGCUACAGGCGCCGAUAUGAAUUAAGCCAUCAUAAUAAAAACAAUACACAAGAAACAAUAUGAGCUCUAAAAUAAAAUGACAGAACAAAUCAAAUUGCUCGCCAGCAGGCAAAAAAAAAAAACAAACAAAAAAAAAAAAACACAUACAGCCUUAGAAUAAAAAAAAAACUCACUUCUGACAAAGACUGAGACACAGAAAAGGGAACGGGAAAGAGAGAUAUGAAGGAGAAAUUAAGAAAAAAAAUAAGGCCAAGUCCCUGUGUGGUCUUUGUGCGUUUGAUGUUUUACUUGUUUUUAGUUGGGAGGCUGAUAAUCAGUCCCUGACAACAUCUCUUUAUCAUCUGACAGGCUCCUUUGGAGGGGGCAGGGUGGGAGGAGUGUGUGUAUGUGUGUGUGUGGUGGAGGGAGGUGUACAUCAGGCAGUUUUAGAAACAGUGUGCUAUAGCGAGAACAGAAAGGACCCUGGAGCACAAACAGCAGAGAGAAUCGCAGGCUCUUGAUUUUCUGUGUCAUAUAAAUCUUUUGCUGACACAAUUUUUUUCCCUCUUGUUCUUUUUUCUUAUUCCUGGGGAGUGUGUGAAAUUAACUUCCAUCUUACUGGUGACAGUGACAGCGGAGGGCAAGGAGGAGAAGAGGGGAAGAGGAGAGGCAUGACAGGAGAGGAAGAGUGGAAAGAAAUGAGAAAGACUCCAGCAACUUACAGGAGACAACAAUGGAGCUAGUUAUUAGGAA